GGUGAGUCUUUAAAAAUCUGGAUUGCGUGGCAGACAAUUUUAGUAAACAUUAGUCGAGGAAGAAGAACACAUCUUUGCUGCAACUGAUUUGGACAAGUCAUGAGUGGAUGUCCGUACUUUGAGAAGAGGCAUUUGUUAUUCAAAAACAAGCCUCCCAUAACAGAGGAAGAGGAGGAGGAUGCUCAGGCAGGGGUUAACAAGGCCAGUAAAGGAGGAAUCAUCUAUGGAGACUACCUGCAGCUCAACAAAAUAGUCUCAGCCCAAGUGCUGCAGAGUGAGUUAAAGGGUAAUAAGAUCCACGAUGAGCAUCUCUUUAUCGUCACCCAUCAAGCCUAUGAACUGUGGUUCAAACAGAUUUUGUUUGAGCUUGAUUCAGUGCGACAUAUCUUCAUCAGUGGACACGUUCGAGAUGAGCGCAACAUGCUCAAAGUCAACACUCGCAUCCACAGGAUCGUGAUGAUCUUUAGACUGCUGGUCGACCAGUUUGCAGUUUUGGAAACUAUGACAGCCUUGGACUUUUUUGACUUUAGAGAAUACCUGGCUCCAGCCUCUGGAUUUCAAAGCCUUCAGUUUCGGAUCUUGGAGAACAAAAUCGGGGUCCCGGACAACCUGAGGGUUCCAUACAACAGACGCCAUUACAGGGACAAUUUCAAGGGUCAUGAGAGCGAGAUGCUGCUCGCUACUGAACAGGAGCCAACACUCUUAAAACUAGUCGAGGAGUGGCUGGAGAGAACUCCUGGCUUGGAGGCGGAUGGAUUCAAUUUCUGGGAGAGGCUGGAAAUCAAUAUAUUUGAUGGGCUGAAUCAGGAGAAGGAGAAAAUCGAGAAAAUGGCAGAUUCAGAGGACAAGGAGGAAAUGAUGGCAGAGCUGAUCAAACAGAAAGAGCUGUUCACCUCUCUGUUUGAUGAGAAGCGCCAUGACCAUCUCCUCAGCAAAGGUGAGAGGCGGCUCUCUUACAAGGCUCUCCAAGGUGCCCUGAUGAUCUACUUCUACAGGGAAGAGCCAAGGUUCCAGGUUCCCUUCCAGCUGCUCACAUCCCUCAUGGAUAUCGACACCCUCAUGACAAAAUGGCGAUACAAUCAUGUAUGCAUGGUGCAUCGUAUGAUUGGCAGCAAAGCCGGCACAGGGGGCUCAUCUGGCUACCACUACCUGAGAUCCACUGUCAGUGACCGCUACAAAGUGUUUGUGGAUCUGUUCAAUCUGGCAACGUUCCUGGUGCCUCGUGACUGGGUGCCCAAGCUAAAUCCCAACGUUCAUACGUUCCUCUACAUGGCUGAAUGCUGCGACAGCUCCUACUGCAGCAGUGAGGACUCAGACUAAGGAGGAGUCUCAGUCAUCUGGUCUGGCUUGCUUCCUUUCACUGUAACUGAUCUCAGAACAGUAGAGCCUAUGCACAGCUGGAAAGCUUUAGUGACAGGUGUAUACGUGACGAUAGGUAACCAUCAAAAUAUGCAGAGACACACAUUUCGAUCUUUUGAGCUCAGAUAUGCAUGACAUCAGAUUGAUAUACCUGAAAAAGCCCAUUCACUCGAAGAAAAAGUGUUCUCAGGAAAUUAGGGUAUUUCCAGUCCCAUCGCUAGAAUAAAAUGUUGGCAUUGUACAUUUUUACGAACUACGGACAUGUUACUUUUGUUCAUUUCAUACCUAUCAUUGACAUUUCUGCAGCAGACAGCAGUAGAUCACUAUUUGAGACCAAUAAACCAGCUGUUUCAACAUAUCCACCAAAUACGAAACAUAUAAAUGUUACAUAUCUGUGAUUUGCAGAAAUGUAUAAUGCCAACAUUUAUUCUGGCGGCUGGGUUGGGCAUUUCCCACUUUUGCAAAAGAACACUAAAACACUACAUGGAAUGAUGACGACAGCUCUUAACACGCACUAAGGUGGCUUUUUGUUGUUGUUAUUAUGUUUUUUCCAAUUGAAAAUAAGAUGGGAGUACAUCAUGGCACAGCGACGGGUCAUUUCACAAUUGAAACCACCGAAAUAUCCAUUAGGGAGACAUUUGAUAUCGUGAUGGUGUUAUUAAAAUAACAAAAUGUGUUCAUUUUAAUGUCAAGCAAGGUGAAAAAAAUCUUUCUCAUCUCAUUGUGACACUAAAAGCAGGCCAAAUAUCCCACAAUUAUGUUAACAAAGGACAGAACAGUAAAUUACCAGUUCAUUAGUUGCAUGAGGCCGUGGCGCCGAGGUUCACACGCCGAAAACUUGUGACGCAGUGUCUGACCCUGAAUAAAUCAAAUGGCCAAAUUAGACUAUUUUACUCUAAUUUCUAAUCUUGACCAGCCACAAAGUACAGCAGAUGGCUCCUUGAUAAAAUCUACUUAGAUGUUUUCUCAAUACAAUUAUGUAAAUUCACUGUGACUGACCUGAAAGCAAAUGGAUCAGUGAGCAGUGAUCAAACCGGUGGCUGGGAUGGGUUUUUACCAACGCAUUAUCUUUCAUGUCAGCAUAGGGAAGGUGUAAAAAUGACAAUAAACCUUCUAUAACCAAUCAACGUCAACAUCUAAAAUAGAACAAUUUGCACAGCAUAAUGUAUUUGUACAUAAUGUUAAUAAUGUAGUUGUAAUAAUGUGUUUUGUAUAGUAUGCUAUGGUAUUACAUCAAUUUUGUUGUGUAUUUAUGCAGCGAUUAAUCUCUGUAUAGAUAAAUGUAUGAGCCAUAUCACCCAAAACAUGUAUCUACCUUAUGUAUUUAAUAAGAUACAGGCUUUUUUUUGUACAGUGCUUUUAUUCUUGUUUUAGUUUUGCAGUUUUGGGUGUGUUGAUUGCUCAGGUAUGAUCCAACACCUAUCAGCAUAUAAAGUGAUUUAUUUUGUUUUAAUGAUGUAACAUGAUGACAUUUCAAUAAAAAACAUUAUUUAAAGUGA